UGACAGUUGAUUUUUGCUAAUGAAAUAGCCAAGCAAGUCUUUCUUUAAUUCUUUAAUUUCUCCUUUUCCUUCUCUCUCUCUCUCUCUCUCUCUCCACAACACAAAUUAGCGACUCGGAACUGGAAACGAAGGAAGAUUAUUCAACGGUGGAAAUUAAUAUUUUCUGAAGUCUGAAAACUUUACACAGGACAACUAUUCGUGUUACCAUUCGAGAUAUUGGAAGUGACACUACAUGAAAUGAAUUCUAAAGAACUAUUACUAAACGAAAUAUGUUGAAAUAUUUUGAACAACUCAGACAACCUUCGAUUUCUUUCCUUUUGUUAUGCUUUUGUCUUUGACUCUAAAACAGGACGGUACUUCUUUGGAUUUUACCUGGAAUGAUUAGAAAACUCAGAGACAAGCCUUGUGAGCUGUCAUCAAGCGGAGGUUUUCAGUUUAAACACUCUGUUUUGAUUUGUUUUUGUUUUCAUGUGUCCAUGAAUGUGUGAAUUAAUUUUUGCACUAUUUUUGACUUUCCAAUUCUAUUUUAAAUUGCAUAUAUUUUAUUUUGAGCUUUCAUACUUAUUUUACAAAACAUGGAAAAUGUUUCCAAAGAUAUUUUGAUGGGACCAUCUCCUGUCGGUGGAGAUAGCGGGGAGUUUUGGAAAUAUCUAAAAGUAUUACCAGUCAUUACUCUAACUUUAAUUACACUUAUUGGUAACGGACUGGUCACUAUAAUGUUUAUUCGCUACAAACAACUUCGGAAAUGUAAGAACAUUUUCAUUGUCAGCCUUGCAUUUGCUGACUUUCUCAUUGGAUGUACGAUGCCUGUUUACAUACUUGAAGAACUAGGAGGAAGAUUAUGGUCAAUACAAGGGCCUUUCUGCAGGGUGUUCCUCAUGUUUCGAUAUUCAUUGUUCUAUAUCUCUCUUCUUAGUAUUAUGCUGAUAUCUGUAGAUCGAUGGUGGUCUAUAAACCACCCAUUUUCCUAUCGAGUCCGUCAAAGCAGAAAACUUGCCCUCUGGUCUGUUUUGCUGAGCUGGGGACUUAGCUUUGCUAUUUAUGCUCCACCAACACUUGGAUGGAAUGAUGUCGACCAUAGUAAAAACCAAGUAGUUGUCACACCAAAAACAUUGUUUUCUAUAUUAUCAUCUACCGUUGGACCAAUUGCUUCUGAAACUACACCUUCACAACCUGUAAUCUCCAUUGACAGCACCCAAGUGACUUGCCAUGCCCCAUUUGAAAAUAAUCUAAUCUUCAUUGCGUUGACUUCUAUUAUCUUAUAUUUGCUACCGUUACUAGCUUUGUGGAUAAUUAACGCUAGUAUUUAUUUUAAGAUUAGUCAGCGGAAAGGAAUGAAAAUUCGACGAUCUCUAAGCACAUCGGACACUUUCUUUCUCAAUUACCGAAAAUCAUCCUCAGAAUCGGAUACUAUGGGACAGCUGGAAGAGUUUCUUGACAACAUGUUACCAAAUAUUCAUCGGAAAGGAAGCAAUGUUGGUGGUAUGUUAAUAUGUGAUGAAAAAAGAAACUCUUUCGUGGGUCCUUUAUCAACGAGACGAAAUCCCCUAAGUCACUAUGUAUCGAAUACCUCAGCAUUCGCACAAUAUGCUCGAAUCAUUCAACAUAAGAGACAUGUCUCUUUCGAUGCUACUGGAAUGAUGAUGCCUGUUACAAAACAGAAGCGAUACUCUAUUAUUGGGUUAACCAAGGGUGGAAGCACCAGUAGUAAUAGCAGCAGCAGCAGUAGCGGUUCCUCCAGCUCCGGUAGCCGUAGUGGUUUGGCUCUGCGCCGUCAAAGUGAUGAUUUGGUUAAAGACAUGUUCGUCAAACAGGACAAGAAAGCUGCCUGCUCGCUGGGCUUUCUUGUGCUAGUUUUCACACUUUGUUGGACACCAUACACCGUGUGCAGCAUUCUGAGAUCUGCCUACGGGAGUUGGUAUAUACCGUCUCUUGCUAUGACAAUAAGUUAUUGGGUUCUCGCCACCAACUCUGCCAUCAAUCCUUUCCUUUAUGGCCUCUGCAACAGUGACUUCCGUAAAGCAUUUAGGUCUUGGUGUAAAAAUCGAAACUCCAAACAAAGACGCUUCGAAGAAGCUCUUCUUUAUUAUGGUAUCCCACAAAAUAAUGAACCGGAAGUAAUACAUGAACAAACUUCUUCGACUCCGUCCCGGGAUUCCCGCAAAAUUCCUUGAGUGAUUAAAAAAAAGAUAACAAGGAGGGAAACAUUUCUAAGCGCAAACAAUUUCUUACGGUUAGAGUUUAGGUGAGGUCAUCCAUCGCAGUAAUAUGGGACAGAUCCUUUAUUUAAAUCGACCGAAAACCGCGAAGAUAUUGUUUGAAAAUUCAAUCUAAGAAAUCAAAUGAGCACUGUGACUGAAGCAAAUAGAAUUCCUACAUGCAUUUUAAGAAUUAAAAUCAACGGAUGUGCAAGAAGAAUAAAAAGAGAUGAGGCCCAAAUAUCAUUGAAGUUUGGCAUAUACUUGUUAACUAUAUUUGGACAAAUAAAACUACCAAAAUGGGAACAAAUCUGUUAUCAACAGACACCAUGUGCAUUCUGGAACCAUUAACCAAAAGAAAUUAACUGACUCUAAAAAACAAAACUCUUUUUGUUUUGUUUUUGUUUAUGUUUCGUAUUCUUGUAUUUUUCUUAACUUUUUCCUUUGUUAUUGAAGAAAAUCAAACUUUAUAUGAAUGAUUUUUUUCAAGUAUGAAUGGACAGUCCGAUUUUCAUCCCCAUUAACAUCACUACAAUUAACAUUAUUAUAUUGUUGUUGUUAUAAACAUUUUUAUACUGUCAUGUUUAUCACACUAUCAUAACUAUCGUCUUCAUUAUCGCGGAAAAGCCGACAUCAUUUCCAUCAUUCUCAAUAUUUAUAGGCUUCUACUACUUUUGAAAUUUUAUUUAUAUAUCUAAGCAUUUUACUCAUAUAUUACCUUCGCUUAUGACGUCAGAUGAGUUGUUGUCAAUGUACUAAAUAUAGAUUAUAUUCAAUCUGGAUGUCAUUCCCGUGCGACAAAGUCAGAAACCACGCAUAAACGUGAAGUACACUUUUUUUUUUAAGCCUACACAUAAUCAAUCUCAUUAAGUCACGCAGUGAUACAUUUAUGCCCGCCUGACACGUGCAUAGACAUAUACACUACAGCUAGAGACACCCACACACAAAUGAACAUGUGUGUGUGUAUGCAUGUACGAAUGUAUGUGUACAUGUAUGUGUAUGUAUGUAUGUACAUACAUAUAUAUACUUAUACAUAUGUAUGUAUAAUAACUACAUAAAAUAUAUAUGAUACACAUAAUGUAUAUAAUAUAUAUGUGUAUAUAUACGUAUAUACAUACAAAGACACGCAUGCAUAUUGUUAAUUGACUGAUUGUGCUGAAAAUAUACAAGUACUGGUGAGGAGAAAACUGGCAGACGACUUAUUAUUGUUAUUAUUAUUAUUGUAUUAUUAUUACCCCCACUCCCAAGAAAAAAUGAAUUCAUAUGAACACUUAUUAAUUAAAUCUACGCCAUUGAACCCAUAUAAUUGUUACAGUGAAAAUACAAUGCCUUUUUUUUUCGCAAUAUAAAAUCAAUAUAAUAUGCAUGUGAUUAAUUUGUUGUCACCCAGCGUAUGUCAAUGAAGACGCAACAUAAAUAUUCUUAAUAGGGAGAAAUGCUGUAAGUAUUCUAACUCCCAAUUGUUAAUCUAAUAAUUAUUUGUCUCUGUGAAGUAUUUAUUGAUACAUGCUGUAGAUUAUUCCCCGGUAAAUACAUUACUAAACGAAUCGGCAGCUUAGUUUAGUUUGCCUGUUAAAACAUAUUUUAACCAAAAUUGUUUAAUAGAUUUUUCAAAAGGCAAAACACACCUAUUUCCAGUUUCUCUCCACAUCAAUGUCCAUAUUUAUAACUGAAAAAGAUAUCUUUAUUUAUUUAAGUAAAAUCAUGGACAUAUUCGAGACGGUAGGGAGAGAUUUUGAAUUUAGUCCAGUACCAGAUCAAAAACAAUAAUAAUAAUAAUAAUAAUAAUAAUAAUAAUAAUAAUAAUAAUAAUAAUAAUAAUAACAAUAAUAAUAAUAACAAUAAUCAUCAUCAUCAUCAUCAUCAUCAUCAUCAUCAUCAUCAUCAUCAUCAUCAUUAUUAUUAUUAUAACGCAGGCAAUAUUUAUAUCAUGUAUAUCGUAAGGAACAAAUUGAAACGAGAUUUCUUAUUUACAUGCUGUUAUGCUGGUAUAUAUGUGCAUGUGAGUGUGUACGGAAAGAGAAGACAAAUGGUAAUAAAACAGAAAGAGAGAGAGAGAGAGAGAGAAAGAGAGAGAGAGAGAGAGAAAGAAAAAGAGAGAGAGAAAGAGAGAGAGAGAGAGAGAGAUUAAAAUUGUUGUUGGUCUUUCGUUGAAUAUAGUGUCGACAAAUUGAUUAAAAUAUAUACUUAUAAAUCCUAAGUAUGUUUCUAUAGUUGUAGAUCCUAGUACGGGAAACAAACAGAUGUAUUACGAAUGCAUGUGCGUGUGUGUAUACAUACAAGAAAACACACACACACACAUACACAUAUAUACAUAUAUAUAUGUAUCUAUGUAUUUAUGUGUGUGUGUGUGUAUAUAUAUACGCACAUACGCGCGCACACACUCUUUCUCUUUCUUUCUCUCUCACACA